AUGGCCUACGUGAACGAGCCUAUUGCUGUCAUUGGUAGCGGCUGCCGCUUCCCCGGUGGUUCUAACUCUCCUUCGAAACUUUGGGACUUGAUGAAAUCGCCGCGGGACGUCGCCAGCAAGAUCGAUCGCUUCAGUGCCGAGGGCUUUUACCACAAGGAUGGCAGUCACCACGGUACCAGCAACGUACUGCACUCCUACCAAAUCGAGGAGGACACUCGCGAGUUCGAUGCCCAGUUCUUCUCCAUCCCCGGUUCCGAGGCUGAGGGAAUUGACCCGCAACAACGAAUCCUCAUGGAGGUGGUCUAUGAGGCUCUCGAGGCCUCUGGCCACAAGAUCGAAGAGCUGUCUGGCUCCUCAACCGGCAUGUACGUCGGUGUCAUGUGUAACGACUAUGCGCAUAUUACCUACCACGACCUUGAAUCCAUCCCCAAGUACGCCGCGACAGGAACCGCCUCCUCCAUUCUCUCCAACCGAGUGUCUUAUUUCUUCAACUGGACUGGUCCUUCCAUGACUAUUGAUACCGCUUGCUCCUCCAGUCUUAUCGCCACACACCAAGCAGUUGAGCUGCUUCGAAAGGGCGAAUCUAACCUGGCUGUCGCCGCUGGAGCUAAUCUAAUUUUUGGACCCACCAACUUCGUGGCUGAGAGCAACGUCAACAUGCUUUCUCCCACUGGCCGCAGCCGCAUGUGGGAUAACAAGGCCGACGGAUAUGCCCGUGGUGAAGGUGUCGCCGCUGUUAUUCUCAAGCGUCUGAGUGAUGCCAUUCGUGAUGGCGACACUAUCGACUGCGUUAUUCGCGAGACCGGUGUUAACCAGGAUGGCCGGACCACUGGUAUCACUAUGCCCAGCAGCGUUGCCCAGGCCGAACUGAUCCGCCAGACAUACGCCCGAGCUGGUCUCAACCCCCACACUGACCGCUGCCAGUACUUUGAGGCCCAUGGUACAGGUACCAAGGCUGGAGAUCCUCAAGAGGCUGGUGCAAUUUACCGUGCUUUCUUUGAAGGCAACGAAAACCAGGACCCCAACGACAAGCUGUACGUUGGAUCCAUUAAAACAAUCAUUGGACACACCGAGGGAACUGCUGGUAUUGCCGGUCUGCUUCGAGCCUCGCUCGGUAUGAAGCAUGGCUUCAUCCCCCCUAACAUGCUGUUCGAGGAGCUUAACCCUGAUAUCGAGCCUUACUACGGUCGCCUCGAGAUCCUGAAGGCCGCUAAGCCCUGGCCCAAGCUGCCUGCUGGCGUUCCUCGUCGCGCUAGUGUUAACAGCUUCGGAUUCGGUGGUGCCAAUGCCCACGCCAUCAUUGAGUCUUACGAACCUGAGACUGCCAUUCAGACUGUCACUCGUGGCUCUACUGCUGCAGUGCCCUUCCUGUUCUCGGCCAACUCCGAAAAGUCACUGGUUAGCCAGAUUGAGACCUUCUUGUCUUACUCCGAGGAUCUGGAUGAGGAGACCACCAACCUCCGUGAUCUGGCUUGGACCCUUUCGCGCCGAUCUGCUUUCCCUAUGCGUGCGCCCUUCUCGGCUCUUGACCUAGAGACCCUGCGCACCAAGCUGACUGCCGCCCUUGAGGCUAAGAAGACUGAUGGAACUGCCCUUGGUGUCCGUCCGUCCCACAAGGCCAACACCAUUCUGGGUAUUUUCACUGGCCAGGGUGCACAGUGGCCCCGUAUGGGCUACCAACUUGUCGAAUCCUCUCCAUUCGCCGCUUCCAUUCUCAAGUCCCUGGAUGAGUCCCUUCAAUCUCUGCCCGAGCAGGACCGUCCCAGCUGGUCUCUGCAGGAUGAGUUGGCCAAGUCUGCUGACGGCUCCCGUGUAAUGGAAGGGACCUACUCGCAACCCCUAUGCGCUGCCGUGCAGAUCAUUCUUGUCGAACUGCUCAAGCAGGCUGGUAUCACAUUUGAUGUUGUUGUCGGCCACUCGAGUGGAGAGAUUGGUGCUGCCUUCGCCGCAGGCUUCUUGACCGCUCGCGAUGCCAUCCGGAUUGCCUUUUACCGUGGUCUGUUUGGUAAGCUUGCUGGUGCCCCCAACGGAUCGACUGGUACCAUGUUGGCUGUUGGUACUUCUAUGGAAGAUGCGGACGAAUUGUGCAAGCUUUCUACUAUGAAGCGAUUUGGAAAGUUCAACGUUGCUGCAAGCAAUUCUUCCUCCAGUGUUACCAUGUCUGGUGAUUUGUCGGCAAUUGAGCGAGCCAAAUUCAUCUUUGAGGACGAGAGCAAGUUCGUUCGCUCUCUCAAAGUCGAUACCGCAUACCACUCGCACCACAUGAUUCCCUGCUCUGACCCAUACAUGGAUGCUAUGUCUCGCGUCAAGGUCGCCAUCCAGGAGCCCAACCCUAACUGCAAGUGGUACUCCUCGGUCCUUGGCGGUGAUCUCGUCACCAGCGAUAUGAACGAGCAGCUUGCUGGCUCCUACUGGAAGGAUAACUUGCUACAGCCCGUUCUGUUCUCACAGGCUCUUGAGAGCGCCCUCGAGAAGAAUGGUGCCCCCGCUAUGGCUCUUGAAGUCGGUCCUCACCCGGCCCUGAAGGGUCCGGCCAGCAUGGUAAUUGAAGAGGCCCUGAGUACUACAAUCCCUUACUUCGGUGUUCUAGGUCGCAAGUCAAACGAUGUCGAAGCCUUCACUGACGCUGUCGGUGCUGUCUGGGCUAAUGUUGGUGGCGCGGAUGUGGCCUUUGGACCCCUCGACGCCGCAUUUGCAAGCAACGAUUCUGCUGACAAGCCUGAAUUCUUGCGCACCAUGCCCGGCUACACCUGGGACCACAGUCAAACCUUCUGGGCUGAGUCCCGUGUCUCGAAGUCAAUGCGUAUGCGUCAGCAUGGCCACCACGAGCUGCUGGGUGUUCGCAUGGACAGCGGAGAGAACGAGAUGCGCUGGCGCAACUUCCUCAAGCCAACCGAGAUCACCUGGACCCGUGGUCACUCUAUUCAGGGCCAGACCAUCUUCCCCGGUGCUGGCUUUGCUUCCAUGGCUAUCGAGGCCGCCAAGGAAUAUGUCAAUGACCUCGGUGAAACCAUGGAUCUUGUGGAGCUUGAGAACCUGAGAAUCCACUGGGCUCUGGGUUUCCUGGAUGAGACCAUCGGUUCCGAGAUCACUGUGACUAUUUGCAACAUUCAGCGGGAUGAGUCUGCUGACAUGAUCAACUGUGACUUCGUGUGCAGCGCUUGUCCGACUAAGGACGCGGCUUUGACGACCAUCUCCACUGCUCAUCUUAAGCUGACCCUUGGAUACGGCUCCGCUGAUACUCUUCCUUCGCGCCCACCUCCCAAUGAGGCUGACAAGAUGACUGAUCUUGACCCCGAUGUCUUCUACGACUCUUUGGCCAAGCUUGGCUACAACUAUGCUGACAUGUUCAAGACUAUCACCAGCCUGAACCGCAGAAAGUUGGCAUCUACCGGUGUUCUUCACACUGCUACCGAAGAGGACUACAAGACUAACCUUAUUGUUCACCCGGCUCCUCUCGAUGUUGCCUUCCAGGGCCUAUUUGCCGCUAUUGGUUCCCCAGGUGAUGGUCAGCUUUGGACUUUGAUGGUUCCUACCAUCAUCCGUUCUAUCAAGGUGAACCCCUUCACAUGCAACCAGACUGGCUGCCUCGAUAAGGAUUUGUCCUUCGAAGCCAAUGUGCAGGUUGAGCGUUCUAACCAGCAAGUCGGUGGCGAUAUUGAUCUAUAUGACGAUGCUGGCAACGCAAUGAUCCAGAUUGAAGGCUUGCAGGUUACUCCUGUUACCCAGAUCACAGCUCGUGAUGAUGCCCAGAAGUUCUCGGAUACCCACUGGGGCAACGAGAAGGCUGAUGCCACCCGCGCCUAUACCGAGUUCUGGAAUUCCGAGUCUGAGAAGGCAAGCUGGGAGGAGUCCCAUUUCGUUGAGCGGACUUGCUUCUACUACAUGAAGCAGCUGCAUGAUGCCAUCAAGCCUGAGGAGAUUGAGGGUCUCGAAGUUCAGGCCAAAAAGUACCUCACCUGGGUCGCUUCAGUUGUCGAGAAGGUGUCUGCUGGAUCACACCCCACCAUCAAGAAGGAGUGGCUGAACGAUACCUACGAGAAGCUGGAAGGCCCCAUGUCUGAGUUCGCCCAAGAGAAUGAGGAGCUUCUCCACCUGAUGACACUUGGAGAUCAGCUCAUCCCCUUCAUCCGGGGAGAGGUUUCUCUUGUGGAGCUCUUCGACGACUUCGAGGUCAUUGACCGAAUCUACCAGACCGGAUAUGGAAUGCCCCAGUUCCACAGCUUCUUUGGUGAUUUGGUUGAGCAGCUCACCUUCAAGGCCCGCCAAAUGGAUAUCCUUGAGGUUGGUGCCGGCUCUGGAUCAGCCACCGAGGCCAUCAUGAGCCGCAUUGACUACCACUAUGGCUCUUACACCUACACCGAUGUCUCUGCCUCUUUCUUCCCCGAAGCCCAGGAGCUCUUCAAGGACCAAGAAGGAAAGAUUGUAUUCCGUACUUUGGACAUGGAAGAAGAUGUUGUCGAGCAGGGCUUCUCCGAGCGCAGCUACGACCUUAUUGUAGCCUCGAACGUUCUCCACGUCUCCAAGAACAUUGAAGAGACAUUGAAGAACCUUCGCAAGCUUCUCAAGCCAGCUGGUCACAUUGUCCUGCUUGAGGUCACUGAUCUCGAUCACGUGCGCUCUUCAUUCUAUGCUGGCUCUAAGCCCGGCUGGUGGGCGGCCGAGGAUGGCAGAGAGCCCCAGCCCUUGCUCCCCCAGAGCGGUUGGAACGCUCUUUUGAAGAAGACAGGAUUCUCUGGUAUUGAGACCGCUACUCCCGAGACUCACAUGUUCACUGUACCCUACAGUGUGAUGUUGAGUCAGGCCGUUGACUCUCAAAUCCAACUCCUCCGUGAGCCCCUCAGCCCGGAGAACAGGGACUCUAUCAAGCUGCCCAAGCUUUUGGUUAUUGCUGGCCAGACCGAGGCCACGGCUAAGAUACAGGAUGAAGUUCUCGCAAUUCUCGAACCUUUUAACUCGGAGGUUGAGAUCGUUGCCCGAAUUGAGGACUUGACCGAGAGCCACUUCGGAGCUAAGCAGCUCGUUCUUAACUUGAUGGAACUCGACACCAACCUGUUUGGGCCCCUCACUGCUGAGCGCUGGAGUGCUCUUCAGACCCUGACUGAGAACUCUCAGAACAUUCUCUGGUUGACUCACGGCGUGGGCGCUGAAAACCCUUACGCUAACAUGAUUGUUGGUACAUCCCGCGCCUUGGUUCACGAGAAGCCGGACCUGAAGAUCCAGGUCAUUGACUUUGCCGACGGCGAGACCAUCGACACAAAGCUGAUUGCUAGCGAGCUAGUGAAGCUGCACAUUGCUGCUGUCUGGCGAACUUGGUCUCAGCCUUAUGUCACUACCUGGGUGCUGGAGCGCGAGAUUCGCUUCGUGGGUGGAAAGGCCACCGUCCCUCGUGUUGGACCUUGCAAGCCUCUGGAUGCUCGGUACAACGCAUCCCGCCGCAAGAUCUACGAGGAGGUUGACCUCAAGAGCGCGGUCGUUGCUGUUAGCUCUAAGAAUGGUGUCUGCGAUGUGAAGCAAGUGCGCAAGCCAUUCUGGGCUGUUACCGAGCCGGGACUCAUUGAAGUUGAGGUUUCUCGUUCGACCUUGGCACCCCUCGCAAUCCCCUCGCUUGGAUCUCUCCACUUGGUUGUUGGUCAGAUUGUUGGCACUGAACAGACCGUUCUUGCAUUCUCCGAGACACUGGAAUCCAAGAUCGCCUUGCCCCAAGAUCUGACUCUUUCCGUUGAUGUCUCAUUGGACCAGGCCCAGGAGCUGCUCGUCUCCGUUGCCAGCUACCUGCUGGGUGACUACCUCCUUUCACAAUCUGCUAAGGGCAAGUCUGUUAUGGUUCACGAACCUACACCUGCACUGGCAGCCGCUCUCAAGGAUCUAGCUCAAGAGCGCAGCACCGCCCUUAGCCUGACCACAUCUUCCCCAUCUGAAGAGCUGCAGUACAUCCACCCUCGGGCCCACCGCCGCACUAUUGUGGCUGCAUUCCCCGCCAAGCUGUCCACUUAUGUCAACUUCCCCAGUGCUCACGAUUCUUCCAAGUCGGGCGAGCACAUCGAGAAGUACCUGCCAUCUUAUGUCAAGCGGGUGUCCCCCAACGACUUCCUGGGUGAGCAGGCUUACCUGCAGCAACAGGCUAAGCCCGAGGCCGCCAUUGAGCUACUUCAAAAGGGCCAGGCCUUCUUUGAGGCUCACUCCGAUCUCGAAACCACUGAGCGCGUGCAGCAAGUCAGCCUGGAAGAGGCUCCUGGCUUCGAGCGUGACCAGGCUAACGCCACUCUUGAGGUGCUUAACUUUGCUGACCAGUCCGUUGCCUUUGGUGCUCUUUGCCCCCCUGAGGAUGACGUUGAGUUCCGCUCCGACAAGACCUACUGGCUUGCCGGUCUCACUGGAGAGCUUGGUCUUUCGCUCACCCGCUGGAUGGUUGAGCGUGGUGCCCGCUACAUUGUUCUCACUUCUCGCAACCCCAAGGUCAGCGAUAAGUGGAUCGAUUCGGUGCAAUCCACUGGUGCCGUUGUCAAGUGCCUUCCUAUGGAUAUCACCAACGCUGAAUCGGUCAUGAAGACCUAUGCCCACAUCACUUCAGAGUUCCCUCCAAUUGCUGGUGUCUGUAACGGUGCCAUGGUGCUGAAUGAUGGUGUUCUUGCCAACCAGUCCUUCGAGGACUUUAACGCCACCCUGACUCCCAAGGUUAAGGGCACUCAGUUCCUUGACUCCCUCUUCCAGAAGAAUGACCUCGACUUCUUCAUCAUUUUCUCUUCGCUCUCCUUCGUCACCGGAAACAUUGGCCAGUCCAGCUACGCCGCUGCCAACUCCUUCAUGGUUAGCGUUGCUGAGGGUCGUCGCAAGAAGGGCCUUGCCGGUUCCGUCAUGAACUUGGCCGGUAUCUUCGGUAUUGGAUACAUCACUCGCCGUGAUGUCAAGCUCCUUGACCACCUUGCCAAAAUGGGUUACGAGAACAUCUCCGAGUGGGACUACCUCCAGUUCUUCGCCGAGGCCGUCAAGGCUGGUAAGCCCGAGACUAGUGCCCAGUACCCGACCUGGGAGAUCCACUCUGCCAUUCGGCCUGUCGACUCCGAUGCCAAGAACCCCCCUCCUUGGUUGGAGGUCCCCCGUUUCUCCUGGUACCGCCGUGUGCGCGCCAGCGCUUCCCAGGAAGGUGAGGGUGGCGCAACCUCAGUUCGCGAUCAGCUCAAGGACCAGACUACGAUGGAAGGAGUCAACAAGGCUCUCAUGGCUGGCUUCGUGGCUGUCUUGUACAAGCUUCUUGGUAUGCGCCCGGAGGAUGGUGUCAUCUCUCCCAGCACCCCACUGAUUGAGCUCGGUAUCGAUUCUCUGGUUGCUGUUGACAUGCGAGUCUGGUUCUCGCGCGAGCUGGACCUCGACUUGCCAGUCUUGAAGUUGCUCGGUGGUGCUACUGUUGAGGACAUGGUUGAGGAUGCUGUCUCCAGACUGUCACCUGACCUGAUUCCUAAUGUUCAGGAGGCCCAAGCUUCUGCGGAAGGUGCCGAGGGCGCUGAGGCUGAGGCUAAGGCCGAGGAUUCGGAAUCCCAGAGCAGUGGUGAAAUUGCUACUUCCACUGAGACCACACCUCCUGCAAGUGAGGCUGGUAUUAAUGACACAAAGACCCAAUAG